UUGUUGUUUUACUAAAUAACUGAGUGUGUUUGUGUCUGCGUGGGACGUGUAUCCGAGUCGACAUGGACGAAUAUGACGAGCUGUUUGAGACGGAAGAUGACUUUGAGCAGCAGUUCGCUGAUGAGCUGGAGGUGUUAGCCGAGAUGGAAUCUGUGGAGUCACCAUUCAAACAAAAGAAUCGUGCAAAGCCGCAGCAGUCUCUGUUGCCAGAAGAUGACAUUUCAGGCAUCGCACACCUACUAGAUGAUGGACCCAGCACCCCGAAGGCAAAGCGUUACAAGGACGAUCCUGUGGUCAAGAGACUUUUCACCCCAUCUGCUGUUAAUGGCGGCAAACCCUCAUGGAUGAAGCCGAAUGGUCAUCACAUCACACCGCCAUCCUCCCCUGAGCAUUAUGAACCCUCUGCUGUUGUCAGAUUCGCCCAGGCUGUGUUGGAUAUCAGCGGCUUUGCUCCAAUCCCAGAGUCGCCCAAACAACCCUCACCAGCAGCGCCAUCGCAGCGGAUGCUGAAACGACCCCCUUUGAACGGAAAUUACGUCUCUGUGACAGACUCAUCAGGCACUCGAGUUUAUCUUCGUCAAAAAGAGGGUGCAGUGGCAAAGGUGGUGGACCCCAGAAGAGAAACAAACUCCCAGGGUACACUGGGGCUGCUGGCAGUGCCAAUAAGUGUGUUGAGAGACCAAGUGGCAGAGAGGCGUCAUCACCAGCUUCUGGAGGAAUCUCAGCGACUCACAAAGCUGCUUGCAAACAGUGUGAACGAGGUUAUUGUUGAACCCGAUGGUAACGAAAACGAAGCAGAGGAUGAUCACGAAGCAGCAGAGGAGCAAACGUCUCGACUUUGGGUGGACAGAUUUUCUCCGCAGCACUACACAGAGCUGCUGAGCGAUGAUUUUACUAACCGCUGUUUGCUGAAGUGGUUGAAGCUGUGGGACACCAUUGUGUUUGGAAGAGAGAGGAAGGCCCGGCCAGCCCGGAUCGAAAGGCCGACUCCCAACCAAAACUCAUCCAAACUCAGUCAGACCAAUCACAACGUGAAUCGCUUCAAGAGCAAGAUUGAGGUGACUGAGGAGAUAUUGGAGGCUGAGUUGGAUCAGCACAAACGACCCAAAUUCAAGGUGGCAUUGUUAUCCGGCCCUCCAGGUUUGGGAAAGACCACCCUGGCCCACGUCAUAGCCAAACAUGCUGGGUACAAUGUGGUGGAAAUCAAUGCCAGUGAUGAUCGUAGUGCAGAGGUGUUCCAGAAGCGCAUUGACACAACAACACAGAUGAAGUCUGUUUUAGGAGCCAACGAAAGGCCAAACUGCCUCAUUAUUGACGAGAUCGAUGGAGCACCCACUGCUGCCAUCAACAUUCUGUUAGCAACUCUGAACCGGAAGGAUGGAUCCGGCGGGGAGGAGGGUACAGAGACGGGGAAGAAGAAAAAGAAGAAGGAGUCUAUCCUACUUCGACCAAUCAUAUGCAUCUGUAAUGACCUUUAUGCUCCAGCUCUCAGACCACUGAGGCAGCAGGCCUUCCUAUUGGCUUUCCCCCAGACUCAACCCUCCCGCCUGGCACAGCGGUUAGCGGAGAUCUCGCUGCAGCAGGGAAUAAAGACGGAUACGGGCACGCUGAUGUCGCUGUGUGAGAAGACUGACAACGACAUCAGGUCUUGUAUCAACACUUUGCAGUUCCUGCACAGUCGUGGCUUCAAGCAGUUGGACAUCAAGAUGAUCCAGUGUGUCUCUGUGGGGCAGAAGGACCAGAACAAAGGCUUAUUUCACCUGUGGCAAGAGAUCUUCCAGUUACCACGUAUGAAAAGGAAACGUGUGAGGGAGGGGUUUGAGGAAGGACUUGCUGCAGGAGGUGGCGCUCAGAGGUUCCAGCACAUUCUACACUUGGCAUCAUCCACUGGGGAAUAUGAAAAGGUUGCACAGGGGCUGUAUGACAAUUACCUUUCCAUGCGUGUGAGGGACCCUAACUUGCAGAGUGUGUGUGAGGCUCUGGAUUGGCUGUCGUUCUCAGACAGGCUGAGCCAAGUCAUGCUGCAGGGGCAGAACUUCUCCGUGAUGAAGUACCUGCCCUUCCUCUCGGUCACCUUUCACUUCCUGUUUGCCCACACGCAUGUUCCGCGCAUCAGCUACCCCCACAGCCAGCAUGAGGCCUCCUCUCGUCUCCUCAGCAGCAGAAAUGCUUUGGCCAACAUGUUGGCUGACAUCCCAGCAUGCAUCAGAACUAGGAUCAGCCAGCUCAGCCUGAGCCUGGAUAUUCUCACGCUUCUCCUGGACAUUAUCUGUCCCAAACUACGGCCUGUGAAUCCGCAGCUGUUCAGCAGCCGGGAGAAGCAGCAGAUGCGGGAAUUGAUCGACACCAUGUUGGCCUACAACCUGUCCUACAGACAGGACCGAACACCUGAGGGGCAGUACACAUACGUGCUGGAGCCACGUGUCGAGGAGCUUGUGAAGUUUCCUGGUCUGCCUCCUCACCGUCAGCUGACAUAUCAGGCCAAGCAAACCAUCAGCAGAGAGAUGGAGCAGGAGAAGAUGAGGAGAGCCGAGCAGCUGAUUCAGCAGCGGAACCCUGCAGUGAAAGAUAAAGCAGAGCAGAGGACCGAGUCAGCCAGGAAUCACCAGCAGAGGCUGGACAACAUCGUCAAGCAGACCACAGUGGAGACCAGGCCAGAGGUGGAUUUCUUUGGACGAGCUGUUGCUCCUAAACCGCAGAGACCUUGGCCGUCAGCAGACUCUGGUGAGAAGUGCAUGGUUGUUGCCAUGGGGACGGCGGUGGGCAACAGCGACGUGUGGUUCAGAUUCAACGAAGGCAUGUCGAAUGCUGUCCGGAGAAACAUCUACAUCAGAGAACUGCUGUAACUUCCAAAACACACACAGCUGCCGUUUUAAAAUGUCUUGUUCACAUCACUGGGGAACCAGGAAGUUGGUCCUGGUGGCGGUUUCAUUUACAAACGGUGUGAUGAAACUUUUUUCUCUGCAGAAGUUGAGGUUUGGUUGAUUCUAUCAUUAGUCUCAUUAAAGGAGUGAUGUAA